UGUCUAGGUCAUAUGAUUGGACAAGAUGGCGGCCCCCAUAGGAGGAAUGCGUGUGACAGGGAGGGGCCAUGUUGUGGGGCCUGUACGGGCGGCACUGCCAUACCUGAAGAAGGAGCAGGGGUAGUAGGGAUAGAGCACCCAGCAUAAGACCCUUAAAAUGUCAGGGAGCGAGCUUGAACUAAAUUCACCACCGGAAAAUGCAAGGCUUCAAUAUAUCAAAAGAACAGAGGUUCUGCUAGAUAUGUUUCUUCGACUUCCAGAAGCAGACCAGAAACUCUUUAAACAUGGAUCAUACUUCCUGGGAAUAAAUGGAGGCUUUUGUGGUUUAAUAGCAAACAAUCUUUUCAGACGCAUCCUAAAUGUGACGCAGGCUGGGAUUGCUUCUAGUUUGCCAAUGGCUGUUCUUCCAUUCCUCGCAACAGCAGCAAUGUACCAAGCUGCGAUAACUGAACCUUUAAUUUCAGGUGAUCUAACGUGUGCACCCUGUGCCAUGGUCAGAGGAGGAUUAAUUGGGUCUGUUAUGGGUGGUCUAUAUCCCAUUUUCUUGGCCAUUCCUAUAAAUGCAGGACUUGCAGCCAGGUACAGCUCAGCUCCGUUGCCUGAGAAAGAGAAUAUCUUACGCUUUUGGAUUAAAGUCUCUCAACCAGUCUUUAAGAAGAUGAGUUUUGCUAUUCUUCUGCAGGCUGCAUUUGGAAUGUACCUCAGCUCAAGACAGUAUGGAAUAUUUAUGAAAAUGCUCCAGUUGCCUGAAGCAAGCAGCAAUCCUGAAGAACUCAAAGAUUAAAACUGAAAAAUACACAACUCCCUCUAAUGCUUGGGUGGGUUACUACAAUAAACCAUGAAACUAUAUUGCUUUGUGGGUUUUUUUAAAUAAGUAAAUCAAGACUUCUCAAUGUCUUUCACUAUUAAAUUGUGAACUGAAACAGA